AUUCUUAACCUCCGUGAACGCCAGUAUAAAGCUGAAAACGUUACUUCCCUUCCAUAUAUCGAAAACCAAAAUUCAGUCUAAUUCUUCUUUUGAUCUUGUGAAGCAUAUAGCUAUGGCAAAUGUUGCACUUAACAAUUCCCAAGACGGAGUUUUGAGAUUCAUCUCAGACUUACCACCAACUCAUUACACGGUCAAAAUUAAAUCAUUCUCAUUGCUAACUAAGAAUAAUAUUGACAAAUAUUAUUCAGGUGAAUUUGAAGCCGGAGGAUACAAAUGGAAAUUAGUGAUUAGCCCCAAUGGCAAGAAUGCUAAGGAAUAUUUAUCGGUAUACUUGGCCAUGGUAGAAACACCUUCACUUCGUCCUGGUUGGGAAGUCGUUGCAACUUUCACACUGUUUCUGCUUGAUCAGAACAGGGACAAUUAUCUGACAGUUGGAGAUUCUUCAGGGAAGGGGAGACGUUUUCACGGAAUGAAGCUAGAAUGGGGAUUUGAUCAAUUUAUCCAUAAUAAAGCAUUUAGCGACGCUGUUAAUGGAUAUCUUGUAGAAGACUCAUGUGUGUUUGGAGCUGAGGUUUUCAUCUGUAAAGAAACAAUCAAGGGAAAAGCAGAGUGUUUAAGCAUGAUAAAAGAAGCCAUAACUUAUAAGCACACUUGGAAAAUUGAAGACUUCUGGAAACUAGAUCAAUUAUCUCACGAGUCAAAGGCAUUCAAUGGCGGAAAUUACAAAUGGAAGAUACUUAUGUAUCCUAAUGGAAAAGGAAAUGGAACGGGGACUCAUCUAUCUCUAUUUUUAGCUUUGGCUGAGCCUGCAUCACUUUCCCCUGGUUCUAAAAUAUAUGUAGAAUUCACAAUACGCAUGUUGGACCUGAUGUAUGGUGGGCAUAUCUCCGGAAAAGCCACUCGUUGGUUCUAUGCUUCAAAUCCUGAAUCCGGAUGGACAAGAUAUAUAUCACUUGAUUACUUCUAUCUGCCAAAAAAUGGUCUUCUCGUGAAAGGCAGUUGUUCCAUAGAGGCGGAAAUUACAAUUCAUGGAGUGGCUGAUGUUGCAUGAUUGCAACUCGUUCUGCUUAUCACAUUGAUAUGAAUGUGAGGAGAAUGUAACAUUGUAACUUAAUCAAAGUUCUUCAUCGCUUCAUACGCCCAAAAGAUCAGUGCAAACACAAAAGGACCUCUUUACCUUGUUAUUUUUAAUAUAAGUUUUUUUUCUUAUAAAAAUCUGGACAAUUUCUCGAUUUGUGCU